UAAAAGCGCACGUGUUGAGUCAAUCUUAUCAAACGUGGAUUUGAAUGCCGCAUUAAACAAAUGGAUUCCCUAACUAACGGAUGGUUCAGCGAACUGCAGGCCGAUCUGUGGCCUGGCCAGUCAUUCUCCUUGAAAGUUAAGGAGGUAAUUCACAAAGAAAAGUCAAAAUUCCAGGACAUUCAGAUUGUUGAAACCGAAACCUAUGGAAGGUGCUUGAUUUUGGAUGGCAUUAUCCAAUGCACGGCCAGGGACGAGUUCUCGUAUCAGGAAAUGAUAUCCUUCCUGCCGCUCUGCGCGCAUCCCAAUCCCAAAAAGGUCCUGAUCGUAGGCGGUGGUGAUGGCGGCGUAGCCCGAGAAGUCGUGAAGCAUCCUUUAGUAGAGGAAGUGCAUCAGGUGGAGAUCGACGAUCGCGUUGUGGAGCUAUCCAAAAAAUACCUGCCGGCAAUGGCUUGUGGUUUCGAGAAUGAGAAAUUGAAGCUAACUAUCGGUGAUGGUUUCGACUACAUGAAAAAACACAAAAACGAAUUCGAUGUCAUCAUCACGGACAGUUCGGAUCCAAUUGGACCCGCAGUGAGCUUGUUCCAGGAAAGCUACUACGAGCUUAUGAAGCACGCUUUGAAAGACGAUGGAAUCGUCUGCUCUCAAGGCGGUAGUUUCUGGCUGGAUCUGGACUACAUAAAGAAGACAAUGUCGGGCUGCAAGGAGCACUUCGCUAAAGUAGCCUAUGCCGUCACCUCUGUUCCUUCCUAUCCCUGCGGACACAUUGGCUUCGUCAUGGGCUCCCUCAACCAAAAUCAAGACUUUGUCAAACCCAAGCUUGGAAAGUCAGAAAUCGAUGCUAUUGAUCUGAAGUACUACUCUUCUGAGGUUCAUUCUGCUGCCUUUGCCCUUCCGCGAUGGGUGCAAAAGCACUUUUACGAAUGACCAACUUGUCAAGAUAUUUUUGUGUAUCUGUUUGUUGAAAAUAAAUAUGACAAUAAUUUAAA